GAGACGCGAUCAUCAUCACCGACUGCAAUAUUAUUCCCUUUCACUCGUUUGCGACGCCAACCCACCGGAGUCACACUCAUUCAUCUGCAACACCAAAACAUGAAUAACUCUGAGAGUCACCAAGACAUGGUUCCUCCAGUUGAAGGCGUUGCUGGGGGUGGGACAGCAUAUGGAUGGGGUGAUGGUAGCUUACGAGCUCCAAGUCAAUUGAGAGGGACAAUUGAUCCUACUAGAGUUCCAUCUUCUGAACUGGUACAUGUAUGGUGCAUGCCAAGCACUGCAAAUGUAGGACCUCAAGAAAUGCCUCGACAAUUGGAGCCUGUAUCUCUUUUAGCUGCAAGAAAUGAGAGGGAAAGCAUUCAAAUUGCUAUACGCCCGAAAGUUUCUUGGAGUGGAUCCAGUAAUGCUGGGGUUGUACAGAUUCAGUGUACUGAUCUCUGUUCUACUUCUGGUGACAGGUUGGUCAUAGGUCAGUCAGUUACAAUGCGACGCGUGGUCCCUAUCUUGGGUGUUCCAGAUGCACUUGUACCAGUUGAUAUGCCAGUCUCGCAGAUAAACUUACUUCCAGGAGAAACCUCUGCCAUUUGGGUUUCAAUUGAUGUUCCAAGCACACAACCCCCUGGACAAUAUGAUGGAGACUUUAUUGUUACUGCUACCAAAGCAGAUGCAGAAUGUGCAGCACAAUUUCUGGGUAAAUCUGAGAAAUAUCAAGUAUACAGGGAACUCAGAGAUUGUCUUGAUGUCAUUGAGCCAAUUGAUGGAAAAGCAGUCGAAGAAGUGGUAGAAAGAGUGAAAUCUGCUACUACGACUUUGAGAAGAGUUCUGCUGUCACCUUCUUUUUCUGAUUUCUUUUCAGAGAAUGGGCCAGCAGAUAUGAUGGAUGAAGAUGCAAACCUUUCAAUACGUUUGAAACUAAGUUUGACCAUCUGGGACUUUGUUCUUCCGACAACACCUUCGCUUCCUGCCGUCAUUGGUAUUUCUGAUACUGUAAUUGAAGAUCGUUUUGGUGUUGAACAUGGGAGUGCUGAAUGGUAUGAUGCUCUAGAACAACAUUUUAAGUGGCUACUUCAAUAUAAAAUCAGUCCUUACUUCUGCAAAUGGGGUAACAGCAUGCGUGUUUUGACUUACACCUCUCCAUGGCCUGCUGAUCAUCCAAAAUCAGAUGAAUUUUUCUCAGAUCCUCGUCUUGCAGCUUAUGCUGUGCCAUAUAGUCCUGUAGUUCCUAGUGGUGAUUUAGCAAACGAUUACCUGCAGAAGGAAGUUGAGGUUUUGAGAUCAAAAAGUCAUUGGAAGAAAGCCUACUUUUACUUGUGGGAUGAGCCGCUUAAUGUGCAACAAUAUGAUGCUAUUCGCCACCAAGCUAGUGAGAUUCAUGCAUAUGCACCUGAUGCCCGUGUAUUGACUACAUACUACUCCGGUCCAAGUGAUGCACCUCUUGCUCCAAAUAAUUUUGAGGCUUUUCUGAAAGUACCAGGGUUCCUACGCCCUCAUACACAAAUAUACUGUACAAGCGAAUGGGUGAUUGGUAACCGGGAGGACCUGGUGAAGGAUAUCAUUGCAGAGAUAAAGACAGACAAUGAUGAGGAAUGGUGGACAUAUGUGUGCAUGGGACCAUCUGAUCCUCAUCCUAACUGGCACCUGGGUAUGCGGGGUACACAGCAUCGUGCAGUCAUGUGGCGCGUAUGGAAAGAAGGUGGAACUGGCUUUCUAUAUUGGGGUGCCAAUUGCUACGAGAAGGCCACCGUUGCCAGUGCAGAGAUCAAAUUCAGGCGUGGGCUUCCCCCAGGUGAUGGAGUAUUGUUUUAUCCUGGUGAAGUUUUCUCAUCCUCACAUGAACCCGUGGCUUCUCUUAGGCUAGAGCGGCUUUUGAGUGGCUUGCAGGACAUUGAGUACCUGAAGCUCUUCAGCUCGAGAUAUGGUAGGGACGAAGGACUUGCAAUUCUAGAAAAAACGGGUAUGUAUCAAGGCCCAGAGCGUUACACUGUCGACCAUGCCCCAAUAGACAUGAUGCGGGGUGAGAUUUUCAGAACAUGUCGUUUGUAGAACUAGGUUUCUUUUGUAAUGUUAUAAAAAAAAUGCUGAGAAUCAAAGUCAAAUCACAGCUGCAAACAAUGGUCAUGUUUUUCUCUAAGACAUGACACAUUUUCAAUGAUGAUCCAAGGUUUCAAAGUGCUUUUGUUUGUUUUGCUAAAUGUAGUACUACUACUCCUGCAUAGGGCUUCAUCUGGUAUUUCUGCAUACCAGUAGAGGUGUGGGUGUAAUCCAUAUUGAUUUAGGUCCAGCGGGUUCGAGCCUGUGUCCUCUGUCAAUGGCCGUGGGACUGGUACAGUGGAGGCGCUCCAGAGUGUGGCGUCUACCAUCUUUAUCGUGCCAUGUCACGACUUCAUAGAAAGAUGGCUCCCCGUCAUUAUUAGUUAGUUUUCUAUCUCUAUUGAAGCGCUUGUGUAUAUGAACUACAUAAAUUUUUCGCCUUUCGGUUAGUGGGUGUGACGUUAUUCAGAGAGAGUAUUUAUUUGGCAUUUUCACUACAUAAUAAGUGCAUGUUUUACCUGACACAAAGUCUAACAAGUAUUUGACAAAAAAAUUGAUUAUCAGCAACUUCAACCGAUUCUACAUGGAAUCUGUCUUCAAGGACAUCAAAGUGAGGCGGGUAUUUUUUGCCUCAUUCAAUGGCUAAGGCUAGCGCCGCUCCCAGGGGAGGGGGUCCGAAAUUGAACCCGAGACCUGCCUUGUAUUAAUCGAGUACUUGUAUAUCUUGUAGUAUAAAUAGAUUUAAUAUAUCUUGUACUAUAC